AUGCAUCAAUUACCAGGUUCAGUGGAGCUAGAAACAGAAACCAAAUCUCUUGAAAUUAAACCAGUUUAUUGGAGUAUCAUAAAUAGAGAAGUUCGAAUAUGUCAUGAGACUGGUAUACUAUGUUAUGAAACUAAGUCCAAUUCUGUUCCAGUUGGUCAGUUUGUGGGACCAAAAGCUUUGACUCCUGACUGUAACAGAUUUUCAUUUAAGGUUAUAAAUGAAGGUGUUAGUCGAUAUAUAGCCAUUGGUUUAGUACAUCAGAGAUAUCGAGCUAAUCGUCAACCUGGCUGGGAGUCCAAUUCCUGUGGUUACCAUGCCGAUGAUGGAGGUGUAUUUAUAGGAAGUGGUUCAGCUAAUACUCGUUUAAAAAAAUACCACAAAGGUGAUAUUGUUGCUUGUGAAUUUGAUUUUGAUAUUACACAAUAUAAAUUCUAUUUGAAUGAUGAAUUGGUUUACACAAGUAAAACUUGUCGAAUACCUCCUGGUGGUUUUUACCCGGCUGUUGGGUUUCAUUCUCGUGAAGAAUCUGUUCAACUACUAGAAAAGGAGCCUUGGGAACUACCUGCUGAUCAAAUCGGGAGUCUACCAGUGCCGUUAUCUUUUGAUACAUACAAGUAUGGCAACUUGUGGAUCAGCCCUGGAGCUGUUUUGAAUGUGAUAUCUUCACGUAGUAAAUCAUCUUUAAGUGGCUGGUUAUUAUUGUUUAAUCCCAGUAGAGGAACAAUAGCUUAUAUAAUUCAUCUAGACAAAAAACAGUAUGGUACAUUAGGACCACGAGAAAAUUUUACACAAUCAGUCAUUGUAGGAGGGAUGGAUGUUGAGAUUGAAUGGUUUACGGUAGAUACUGGAAGGACGUACACUGAAGAAGCUAUUAAAGAUGAAUAUUCAAAAAGAACAGGUGAAAGCCGAUUUUUCCACAGAUUGAGUGUAAAUAAUAUGUCAACUACGUCUGUAACACCAGCUGGAAUGAGUCGUCUGCUAAAAACAUCAACACCAUGUAAACCAUCGAUAGGUUACAGUAUGGAUGUGAAAGUGAAUGGUAUACACCAAAAUAGCUUUUGGUUAAAAAGGGGCAAAUAUCAGGUGUAUAUACCUGUUUUGAAGGACAGAAGGGAUCAAACAACAUGUAUUGUACGAAACCCUAAGUUCCCGACAUUUGACUAUCCAAAUUGUUUUCAAAGAGGAAUGACUGUAAUAGCUGAUUUACAACAAAAUGGGUGA